UCCCUCCGCGGGGGGAAAACAUUUGAUAGAAGACAGAUCAGCUGAAGCAGCUCGGUCAUGUCCCCACACGUCUUUCUCAAACAAGAUGAAAAAGUUAUUUUUGUUGCUUCUCUUCUGUCACGUUUCAUCCGGUGUGAAACACUCCUUGAAGUUUUUCUUCACUGCAUCUUUUGGAGUCUCAGACUUCCAGCUUGUGGGUACAGGAGAGGUUGAUGGCACUGAAACAGGUUACUGCGACAGCAACAGAAAGAUAGCAGAAACAAGACAGGACUGGGUGAAAAAAGUAUUCGAAAAUGAUCCUGGGCAUUGGCAGAGGUACACUCAGCAGUGUUUUCAACGUCAGCCAAACUUCUUCAAAGCCAUGAUUCAUAGUUUUAAGCAACUCUUCAACAUAAGUGAAGGUGUCCACAUUUUCCAGAAGAUGAGUGGCUGUGAAUGGGAUGAUGAGACUGGAGAGGUUCGUGGUUUCAUACAGUAUGGUUAUGAUGGAGAAGACUUCAUGUCAUUCGACCUGAACACAUUGACAUGGAUCGCUCUGACACCAAAGGCUGUCACCAUGAAACUAUUAUGGGAUGCUGAAAAAGCUAGAGCAAUAGAGGAUGAGCACUUCCUCACUCAGAAUUAUCCUGAGUGGCUUAAGAACUAUGUGAACUAUGGGAGGAGCUCUCUGCAGAGAAAAGACCUUCCCUCAGUGUCUCUCCUCCAGAAGACUCCCUCCUCUCCAGUCAGCUGCCACGCUACAGGUUUCUACCCUGACAGAGCCACGAUGUUCUGGAGGAAAGAUGGAGAGGAGAUUCAUGAGGACGUGGACCACGGAGAGAUCCUCCCCAACAACGAUGGAUCCUUCCAGAUGAGUGUUGACCUGAAUCUUUCAUCAGUCACACCUGAAGACUGGAGGAGGUACGACUGUGUGUUUCAUCUCUCUGGUGUGAAGGACGACAUCGUAACAAAACUGGACAAAGCAAUGAUCAGGACCAACUGGAAGAAGCCCAGUGACAUGACUGUCCCCAUUGUUGCUGCAGUUGUUGUUUUUGCUCUCAUCUUCAUCACUGCUGCUGGAUUCAUGGCUUAUAAAAAGAUGAAAGGUUUUGCCUACCCAGUUGCAACGGCUCUGCUGACAACACCCAACAAAAAAAAUGUCUUGGUUCAACACGCAGGUGUGUCCUGAUUUUUAAUUCCAUUUGCUUGGUUGUUCGCAUGGGAUACAUGAAGGAAAAGGUUAAUCAUAAUUUGAUAAUUAUAAUUUGAUCAUUUGAAUGGGCUUCUCCCUUCUGCAACUUCUUUAAAACAAGCCUAAAGGUUGCCUGUUGUUGUGUUUGAUGAACACAAUACAGCUUUUUACGACACUUCCCCACAUACCCAAAGCAGACAGAGACAACAUCCCAUGUGACAAUAGCUCAGUACCCCUAAAUCCCUUUUGUUGGAAUCAUAAGAAUGCACUUAUUUGUACAUUCAUAGAUCAUAUGAUCCCUCACUGAAAUCAAGUGCUAUGUAACAAGUGGCUGUAAGAGGAGAUUUUGCAAAUGUGGUACAUUUGUAUUGAAAAUCUUCCACUCCUUUUUUUACUGCUUUUAAAUCCUACAUAUACUGUAGCUUAUUCUUAUUUUGUCUGCCUUUAAGUAGCAGCAUCCGACUGUGUUUUCCUAUUUUUUCUUUCACAGCAUUAAUACUACUGCUCCUGAGCUCAUUCUGUAUCAGUCUAUAAAUAGUUCAUCUUCAGCCAAAAUUUAAGCUUUCAAGGCUUUCGAGGGAGUGUCCCUAUUUAACUUCACGAAGCUCUUGAAGCUCUUAAACUCAUCUCUUCUGAGAACGUUUGCUCAAACAUGCACUUCCUGUGGGGGCGUUCCCUUUGAAAUCCCAACGCAAGUUUGUGCUUCCCAUGUCAAAUGGAAUGCACCAUAAGACUUCAAAAUUAGCUUGGCCGAAUAUAAAUGAUCUCUUUAUCUCUCUCUCGGCCUGCUCUCCCUCCCACACUCAUAGCUGCCACACUGCAGCUCCAGCUCUGACUGUGUGUCUGUGUGACGUCCGGGGGAGGGGAGGCUAUUCCAGUAGAGAUAGUGACCAUUGUCUCACCACUGAAAAUAUUCCAGUUCACAACCUAUGACAUCCUAUUGAAUAGAAGUAAAAGAGUCAGCUUGUAAGUCAGUCACUCUUCCUCAAUCCAUUCACUGUGCAUUGAAGUCAAACACUAGGGCACUUACUGUCCAUUCUAUCUAUUCACCACCAAUGCAUUGUGUUGUAACAGUAAUGGCGACAGUAAAGCUGCUUUUCACUCUAUAGGCCUAAUGAUUAAACUUUGUGGUGAUCGUGGUAUCAUCAAAAGGCGUAUGAAUAACGAAUACUAAUUAAGUCAUUUUGUGUGGUAUUCCAACACAUUUGUUGCUUUUCGCAUGUCAUGUCACACCGUUUAGUCUAAUUCUUCAAAUACACUAGUUGACCUUUUCCUUAAAAAGUGUGUAUUGACUGCAAAGAACAAAACAUUUACUGGGAACAAGCCGACUCAUGAUCACAGACAUCACGGAGCAUAGAUAUCUUUCUUUCAUAUUAGACUAUAUAACAACAAUUUAAUAGAAAUAUCCAAUAUGUCUGUGUCUGUAUAGAGUUGUGUUGUUUAUAUUUAUUACCAUAAAAUUUUGUUAGUUUGGUGUUAUUCCUGUUACAAAUAACUAGGAUAGUUCUUCUUGAAAUAUCCCCUUUUUAACCACUGAUUUGACCAAUGUCGUAUUUAUAUGUAAAAAUAGUGGGGGGGCACCAACCAUUGCAUAAAACAGAAACCAGUAAAACUACUAUACUCUCUCUUGCUACUGUGUUUUUAACAUGUCAACAAACAGCAUGGCUCCACAAAACAAGAGUUUCUGAAAAGGACCUUAAGAGGUGGAUGCAUAAUUCAGCAGAACAGAUGAUGUAGGCCAUCUGCCGAAAUUUGCAUCCACCUCUUUUUACCAUUAUCACCUGCGAGGUGUAUGCAGUUCUCUGCAGGCAUGCAGAAUUCAGCAUAACACUGGCACACACACACGCAUCCUCAGUCAGAUAAGAGAGAGAAGCACACACACAGAUGUGAAAAUUUAAGCCUGUGAUCUUAACUUUAUUUUUAGUACUGAAUAUAUGUUGGUAUGUUUUUUUGUAAUACAGAUUACAAACAAAUUUGCUUCUGUAUUUCUUCUACACUAUAUCGUGACAAUGUGGGAGAGAAGUGACAAGAAAACAGAAGGGCAGAAUGGACUUAUUUUUUAUUUUAAGUGAGUGGAAGAGGGUAUCUUCACUGGGGAUACAACCACAAAAGAUAUAAUGGGAUUUGGACCUGAAAUGAUUUGUGUUCUGUUUUGAUAUGUCAUAUGUCCUCCAUUUUGCAAGUAAAACUCACUUUUAUUCUAUUUCAACUGAUCUGACACACAUUUUAUGGUGUAGAUUAAAAAGGGCUUCACAUUAUUAUGUAGGUUUUGUCUGUAUUGACUGUUUAUAAAGGUUCAGUGCAGGAUGAGUGGACUUUCGCUGUUUCACACAGUUUGUUUUUGA